AUGAGUGAUAUAUCAGAAGAAGAAGAGGCAGUAGCAGUAGUGGAAAGUGAAGCCUUGGCAACUGAAACUUCACUUGCACCGAUCACUUCUCAAAGAAAACUCAGAACUGACUUGGAGACUUCUUUACUUCCCAAGCCUUAUAUGCCAAGAGCAUUAGUAGCUGUAGAUGCAGAGCAUCCAAAUGGAACAGAAGGCCAUAAACACAACAAUAUGACUGUUCUUCAGCAACAUGCUGCUUUUUUUGACCAAGAUAACAAUGGCAUUGUUUAUCCUUGGGAAUCUUAUGUUGGAAUGCGUGCCGUUGGUCUCAAUCCAAUUGCAUCCUUUUGUUUGGCUAUGCUUAUUAAUUCCUCAAUUAGUUAUUCCACUCUCCCUGGAUGGUUACCCAAUCCUUUGUUUCCUGUAUACAUUGACAACAUUCACAGAGCCAAACAUGGUGGCGAUUCUGGAGUUUAUGACACAGAGGGAAGGUUUGUACCAAUGAAUCUUGAGAACAUUUUCAGUAAGUACGCUCGCACUGUUCCAAACAAAUUGUCACUAAAAGAUAUAUGGGAAAUGACUCAAGCCAAUCGAUUUCCAUUUGACUUCUUUGGCUGGUUGGCAAGUAAGGUGGAAUGGCUAAGCUUGUAUGGUAUUGCUAAGGACGAAGAUGGUCUUUUGAGCAAAGAAGCUGUGAGGCGCCUUUUUGAUGGGAGUUUGUUCGAAUAUUUGGCUAAGAAGAAUUCAGGAGCCACUGAUAUUUCUAAGAUGGAAUAA